UACGCUGUUAAAAUGCUCCCAUUUUCAAGCUGCCAGGAACUAUUCACAUGACCGAGAAGCAAGAGCAUGGCUGUGUGGGAAUAUAUUCAGUUUUUUCUUAUCAUAACCUUGUGUUUCAGUUCAGGUUUUCAGUUAUGUGAUAUUCUGACAUUUCUUCGUCAUGUCAGUUUGGAUGGACUGAUGUUCAGUGACACCUUCAUCACAGAACACAGUGGUACUGACAAGACUACAUGCCUGUCGAGGUGUUUCCAUGAGUUGCAGUGCAACAUGGUGCUGUACAAUCCAACGUCUCAAGGAUGUCGGUUGUACUAUUCAUGUCCCAUCACUGGGGGUGAAAAAGAGGCAGGCUGGCAGUAUUAUGCAGUUCCCUGCACCGAGUUUCGGGUCCUGAAUGCAGUAUCGAUGCUGGUUAGGAACCAGUCCCACGUUGAUGUCACCUGUCCCAGUGGAUUCUCCUACCUACCAACCACGUCAGACACAUGUUUCCAUGACAACGUUCCAGUAAAUGUAGGAAGGUGCAUGCAGACCCUCUGGGUUGACCAGGUGCGAGAGUUCAGAACGCCACUUCCUGCUCCCCUGUCCAACGGUUCGGAGAUUAUCGUGGAGGUAGCCGCGGAUGGAGUCGAGACGCGAAACGGGGUGACGCUGACAGCACAUGGUGACAGUACACUGGUGAUGGGUUUCUUUGUACGAUGGGACGCAGGUGACAUCGCCUACAACACUCGGACAUCGGGCGCCUGGUCGACGGAGCUGAAUCAUUCACCCGUUCCGUUCACACCCAACGUGAUUUCGAAUCUCUCCAUUAAAGUCACAGACAAUCAGUUUCUGAUAUCUCUUGAUGACAACAGUCUGCUUGCUGCUCCAAUAAGGAUCCCUCCAGAUGAGGCCGUCGCCCUUCUUGUUGAUUUCAGCCUCAUCAAACGAGUGCAGAUCAAAUAUCCAUAGUCGAAAAUAAUAUUUUGCUACAUUUUGGGACAAAAUAAUGUAUUUCCAAAGCAAAGAAAACCUAUUUUGGCGAUUUUUCUAAAAGUGAAGUCAGGUUAUGUCGUUGACUGAUUGUGAGGCUCACUUCGCAAUUGUUCAAGAGGUUCGAGGUAUGUCACCACAGCCAAUACUACGAGGCCUGUGAAGCUGAGGGACCCACAUACCGUGUCUCUGACAGAUGCUCAGAGACUUCUGAUGGUUUUAUGUUCUUGGCCUAUUACGAACCUAUUUACGCAUGUAUCAUUAUAGAAAUGGAUAUGCAAUAAUCUGAAUAAUAUAUAGUACGUUUUGGCAUAUUUUGAUAACUGAUGAAGCUACGACUGUUGACUUUCAUUCCCCCUCUUGCAUUUUCGAUAUCUCAUUUGAACUGGGAAACUUGAAACUAUCUUCUUGGUACAAUUUCCUAAUUACGUCUGAUUAACACGCUUUGCAUGAAUCCAUUGUGGGUACAACUUACAUGUUUGAUCCAACUGUUUCGAAAGCAUUUCAGCAGAGUUCACAACAGUUUUCUUUAUUCAUUGUUUCUAUUGAUUGGUGAAUCCGUUAUCGCCAGUAGCCGUGUAGGUGAAUAAAUGUUGCCAAUAAGACGUUUCUUUUACGUUUAGUUGUUUAAACAUGCGGCCCUCGUGGGGACUCCAGGGCAGAAUGUGUCCCUAGCACACCCCUUCAAUUGUAAGAAGCGACAAAAUAGGGAACCCGUUGCGUGGAUCGUUGCUCAUAAUAGCAAUCACAGGAUUGUCUGUUCCAGACUCGAAUACUUGCAGACCGCCUUCAUAGGUCAGUACAAGGUUAAGCAACAAACCAGGCACUGAUCUCGAUUACAAAAAAUUGAGGGUUUUUUUCAAUUUUAAAACGUUUAUAUAAUGCUCGAACGGCAUGAAUAGUACAUUCCUAUCCACAAGCUCGUAUGAGACCUUUGCCUUUUUCAAACCAUUGUUUGAUCACCUGACUGAUAUGUUCCCGUGUUGUUUUUUCUCGCGACAUUCAAAAUAUUCUUUGUUCAA